AAAAGAAAAGAGGAAAGAAAACCAGACUUGUCAGUCAGAGAACACUUUAUUAUUGAUUAAAUUGCUAUAAAACAUAUUUAAAACACAAAACAGCAAUAAAAAGCACUCCUGUCCAUAUCUUAUGAACCGCAUUGACUGGCGGAGGGAUACGUCACCGCUCCACGCCGUGAAGCUCAACCAGGCGGCGGAGGAACCGUAGAAAGAAAGAAAAAGAAACCAAAAAAAAAAAAAACAUAAUCCAAGCCUGGACGACGGAUGAGAAGGGUUUCGUGUAGAUAUUAACCCGGUUCAUCGAUUAUUAAAGCGUAAAAACAGACGGCGUCAAGGUCCUAGCAGACACACAUACACGCAGAGACAGGGGUGUACUCCGGUCGCGGACGACGACGAAAAAGAAAAAAAAAACAACAACAGCAAGCAGUGUCGUGUCUUUCUCUCCAGCCGCCUCCAUUUUGUCUCCUCGCCCAGGCUGCAGCCUCACGUGUCCCGGACUUGUCUCUCUCACAUGACCCGCGUGUUUGUCCCCGUGAUCAACGCCGCCGUCUCCGCGUUUCAAGUGUUGCCGAAUACCGCGUUUUAAAAAAGAGAGAGAGUGAGGGAGUGAGAGAGAGAGAGAAUCACUCACCUUCAUGGAUAUGCUCGAACAGAGCCUGGACGCUCAGACGAGUCACGAAAAACAGGAAACCGAGGAGGUCGUUCAGUUGCAGGAAGGAGAGGGAGUAGGGGCGGAGGAACCGGCGGCGGUUGCCAUAGCGAACGCCCAGCAAGCCGCGGUAUUUGCCGACAAUGUCCAGUACCAGUUCCGCACAGAAAACAGCAGCGGGCAGGUGACAUAUCGCGUCGUCCAGGUAACGGAAGACCAUUUGGAAGCGGCUGGUGAUGGAGGGGCUGCAGUCAGUGUCGUGUCCACAGCCGCCUUUGCUGGAGCCCAGCAGGCUGUCGCACAGGCCGUCAUUCAGAACCCUUUCAGUAACGGAGGCAGCCCGGCGGGUGAGACGGUAGGGGGCGAGACGCGUUUCGCUUACUUCCCGGCUGCCACCGUCAGCGAUGGCACGGCAACCGCAGUCUCAGUGCAGGCAGCCGCUGAUGCGACUCUCGCACCGGCAGCAGGUCAGUUUUACGUGAUGAUGAGUCCUCCAGAUGUGUUACAAACAGGCACGCCACGGACCAUCGCCCCUCGCACACACACUUAUUCCGCGAAGAUGGACGGCCCGCGAGCGCCGCGAGACGAGAGGAGGAGAGCGCAACACAAUGAAGUGGAAAGACGAAGAAGAGACAAAAUCAACAACUGGAUAGUCACAUUGUCAAAAAUCAUCCCAGACUGCAAUAUGGACAACACCAAAACUGGAGCGAGCAAAGGCGGGAUCUUGUCGAAAGCAUGUGAUUACAUCAGAGAGCUCAGGCAGAGCAAUCAGAGGCUGCAGGAGAGUUUUAAAGAGGUGGAGAGAAUACAGGUGGAUAAUGACGUCUUAAGACAACAGAUCGAAGACCUGAAGAACGACAACGCACUGCUCAGAGCCCAACUCCAACAGCAUGGCCUUGAAAUCAGCGGAGAAACCAUCUCGCAGUGACGGGGACGGUCACACACACACAACGGGAUACACACACCUCCAGAAAAACCACCUCACAGACUCGAGAUGUUUGUUAACCUGAUUUAGAAUAGUUAUGGCUUUCUGAUAUUAACAGAAGUUAUCAGAGAAACUAUUGGACAAUAGUUUUAAAAGCACAUCUACUGUUCCACCUGUGAGAGCUUGAGCUACACGGACGCGGCGACAAACUGAAACGCACCCCGACAUGUGACAUAAAUGGGCUUGCAUUGGACUAACUUUUUUUUUUUUUUUUUUUUUUUCCUUUAUGGAUGCCUCGUGAUCAUAUUUUGUUUAAAGCUGUGGUGGGAUUCCAGUUUUGCUUUGUUUUUCUUUUCCCCCUCAUUGGUAUUUCUUUUUAAUUAUUAUUAUUACUACUUAUGUCUCCGGUAUGUUGCAUUAUUUUGUUUUGUCUGCAUUAUUUAUUAGCUCACAGAGAAAUCCACAACAGGAACGUGAAUCUUCAAGCUUCAAGCCAGUCAGUCGUCUUUCACAUUUAAAAAAAAAAAAGUUUUGCAGUUUAUUCAAGCAAAUCUUCCUUUCUUCUUGGGUCCAGCUAAGGCCUAGUUUUUAAGCAAUUUCUAAGAUUAUUUUCGACAACUUGUAUCAAAGCUGUGGAUGAGAUAUAGAUGUGUUUGAUCACCAUGAUUGUAAAAUAGGGUCAAAAUUUAAUCCUAGAAAUGUAUGAAUAGCUCAGGGUCGACAAAGAAGGAACUAUGAGACGGGAGUGAUGGAAUGAUGGACAUCAGGUUGUUGUCCUGUACUUUCAAUCCAUUUGGCCUACCAUUUUUUUUUUUUUUUUUUGUGUGUGUCUAAAACAUUACAGCCAGAGCGCCUUGAGCAGACUUGACAAUUCAGACAAGUAAUGUAUGAAAAACCGGACAAGAAGUAACCUAAUUACUUCUGCUAACUUACAUAGAAAAGCUCACCACCUCUCCCACCUGUACCUGCCUUAAAAACUGCAAAAUUGCUUUGCCGUGAUGACAUAGAAUUUACAUUUAGCGCAUACUAAAUUAAGUAGUUUACAUUGCAAUGUAAAUAAUUCAUCAUGUUUUUAUUUUCUGGACAUUGAUUUUAUUUUAUUAUGUUGUUUUUUUUUUUUUGCAGAGCCCUUUUCUGUAUUUGUCCCAAGUCACUAUUAACUUACAUGCCCCAUUACGUGUCACAUAAGGAAAUCUCCUGCUAGGACUUAUCCUUUACCCUUUGUCAAUUUAAAAGACAUUCUUCAGGAUGCACUUUUUUUAUUUAGUUUUUUUGCUUUUCCUUUUUUCUUUCUUUUUUUGUGUGUGUGUUUGCCAGGAAGCCACCAUUUUUCAGAAAAAAAAAAACUUUUUGUUUGUUUGCUUGUUUAAAGACAGCGAAUAAAAAAAGACAAAGCUA